AUGGAUGAUACCUUUGUAACUCCACAAACUAAAGAUGCAAUCGUAAUAUACUUGAGAUCCACUAUGUUUACCAUGCUGUAUCUCGGUGCUUGUUUAGCAUGCACAACUUGGCAAACAAUAGUUUCUGCAAUUAUGGCUUGGAGAUCCGGAAAGUUAAUCCAUUGGGCUGUAUUUGCUGCGAUCUUUCUGUCCUUUUGCUCUAUCGCGGCCAGUCUUAUUAGUCCCAUAUUUUUUCUAGACUGUACAAUGCGCUUCUGGGUGUCGAUUAUUGCCAUUGAUCUUGGAGGAUGCUGUGUUCACACUAUCCUCUUGUACAAGGCUUAUGUUUGCUACCAGAGAAAAUUAUGGGUUAUCAUGAUUGGGUUAAUAAUAAACAUGGGCUAUAUUGCUCUUAUAUGUAUAUACGGUACUUUUGGAAGAACAAAAUCGUCUAUGGAUGUUGCAGGCAAUUGUACCAUAGAAGACAUGCAUUGGCAAGCCUAUGCAAAGCUAGGCUUAGAUCUAGGAAGCAAUUCAUUCUUGUCGCUUGCAUUCCUUUUGAUAAUCUAUCAGCAUUAUCGUCUAUUUGGCAGUUAUUCGCUGAGAACAUUAUUAUCAAAUGGAAUAAUAUUCUUCGUUGGAGUAUUUUUUAGUAACCUGGUUAUAGCCAUUCUUAUUUCUCUUGAAGUAUUUGGGACUCUCUCAGCCAAUCUUUACGCUAUUGAUUGGGCAAUUACAGGCUAUCUCUUAAUAAAACAAUUCAGAAUUGAAAACGUAAAAGACGAACAAGACGAACUUGAAGUGGGAACACAAAUCGGAAAUCAACCUCUGCAAGAAAUCCCCAAUGACAAUUAUUCUAUGGAUGCCUCCCAGGGUAUUCUGACUAUUUCAAGUCCAGGUCCAACAGUCUAUGUUGACUAUGGACAAUCAAACUAUUGUCGAAAUUGUCACACGUCUAUUGACUUUACUAAAUCCCAGUUUUCACACAUUGAAAUCAAAUAA